AUGCCGGACUUGGAAGGCGUGUACAACCGCAAGUGCUAUCUCGAGUACUACGAUAUCAUCUGCAAGUUACUCUUCCGCGUCUGCGUGACGGUGACUGCGACUUCAGGCGUUGGUAUAACUACAUUCCAUUCAAAUUUCCACCAAAAGUUCCGUCAAGAUUAUCCAGAGGUGGCUGUCCUCGCCGCUUUUUACGAGGAGGAGAAGCUGACUAAAGCCAUUGUGACAAGUAAUGCUGAGGAGGUGACAAGUAAUGCCGAGGAGGUGACGAUACAGGAACACAAUCCACUCACAAACCAAGAGCGGGUUGACUCGAUCUUGAACGAGGCGCUGGUGACGGGUCAAAAGGUGUUUUUCCUGUGUGAAGGUUCGCCACCAGAUUUGAUACGUCAGGAUUGGCGGGGUCGUGUUCACCAGUCCGAAAAAAACAUGGCUCAAGAUCUUACUGAAGAUCGACUGCGCUUUGUACCUGCCAACUUGGACGUGCAGUGA